UGUGGUAACUAGUGGAAACCCACAACACCCCCAAGUUACACCGGAACCAAACAAGAGCGCGUGCGCAGCUGCGCAGUCACCCUGCAAACAUGGCGGUUCUUCUUGAAACAACUUUGGGUGAUAUCGUCAUUGAUUUAUUUACAGAAGAAAGGCCUAAAACAUCCCUGAAUUUCCUGAAGUUAUGCAAAAUCAAAUUCUACAAUUACUGCCUCAUCCACAAUGUCCAGAGAGAUUUUAUUGUGCAGACUGGAGAUCCCACUGGGACUGGCCGUGGUGGAGAAUCUGUCUAUGGUAAACUAUACGGAGACCAGGCCCGCUUCUAUGAUGCAGAGAAAAACCCACGGAUCAAACACAGAAAGAAGGGGAUGGUGUCCAUGGUGAACAAUGGCAGUGACCAACAUGGUUCUCAGUUCCUGAUCACCACUGGUGAGAACUUGGACUACCUGGAUGGGGUCCACACUGUGUUCGGAGAGGUGUCAGAGGGUAUGGACGUCUUGGCCAAGAUCAAUGAGACCUUCGUUGACAAGGAUUUCAUCCCUUUUCAGGAUAUCAGAAUAAACCACACUGUGAUCCUGGAAGACCCUUUCGAUGACCCUGCUGACUUGCCCGUGCCUGACCGCUCCCCUGAGCCUACCAAGGAACAGCUGGAUAGUGGUCGUAUUGGAGCUGAUGAAGUGAUCAACGACACAGAUGGGAAGAAGGCUGAGGAGCUGGAUGAGCUGCUGAAGGAGAAGGAGGCCAAGACACAGGCUAUCCUGCUGGAGAUGGUGGGUGAUCUCCCUGAUGCGGAAGUGAAACCUCCUGAGAAUGUGCUGUUUGUGUGUAAGCUGAACCCUGUGACCACAGAUGAAGACCUGGAGAUCAUUUUCUCCCGCUUCGGACUUAUUAAGUGCUGUGAGAUCAUCAGAGACUGGAAGUCAGGAGAGUCUCUGUGCUAUGCUUUCAUCGAGUUUGAAAAGGAGGAGGACUGUGAAAAGGCCUUCUUCAAGAUGGACAAUGUGCUCAUAGAUGACAGGCGCAUACACGUGGACUUCAGCCAGUCUGUUUCAAAAAUCAAAUGGAAAGGCAAAGGUGGAAAGUAUACUAAGGAUGACUUCAAGGCCUAUGAAAAAGACGCGGGAUCCAAAUUAGCUCUUAAGGAUAAAGUCAAACCUAAGCAGGACUCCAAAUACGACCUGCUUUUAGAGGAAGAGGAAGAAGGAACAAGCCAUCGGCAUGCUGAGAAGAAACACAAGGAUAAGAAACACAAUCACUCAGAUGACGAGGACACCAGGAAAUCCAAGAAAUCCAAGUGGAACAGUGAGGAGCCCAGGCGGGAGAAAAAGACAGACCGGCAGCAUUCACGCUCCAGGGAAAGAGACCGCCACCACAAGCACAGCAAGUCCCGUGAAAAGCACCGCCCAGAGAGGAGCCGCAGUCGCUCACCCAAGAAGUCUAAAGACAAGGAGAGGAGCAGACACCGAUGAUGAGAGAGGGAGAGGAACAGGGUUGAGGCCAAUUCCAUCUCAAUUCCCCAUCCAUAUACUGAAUUGGAAAAUCCUCUUUGAAAAAUAAAUGUCAGUUCAUUUCAUGAAUUGACUAAAUUGAAAUGGAAUUGGACCGCCCUGAUAGCUGUCACUGUGGCCCCUACUACCCCAACACCACCCAUGUCUGAGAGAGCAGCACUAGGGACUCGGCCCUCACAUUACAUGGGGGGAGGGGGGGGGAAUAUCCUGGGAUGUUUACCCUAAUUACCUGGAAGUAACACAGUGUUACAUAACCUGAGAACACUGCUCAUUGUGAAUAAUAAAACAUUUCCGCCUGAACUACUCGAUUCCUAUAGGGCAACAUUCUGUAUUUAGGUCUACACAGCAUUUUCCAAAUCAAUCUCCAUACACACAUCAUAACUAAGUCCCCAGUCAGUAAUGUUCUAGAAGUAUAUUUGUAUUUUUGUUUGACUUAUACCCCACUGCCC